AUGUUGUGGAAGGGCGAGGAUGAGGCCCUGCAUUGCCAGCAGCUGCUGGCCGAGGCCCAGGAUGUGCGGCAGCGGCUUCAGGGGUGCACCGAGCGGGCCGCGGGGCAGGCGCUGCUAGCGCAGGCUCGGAACUCAGCCACCAGGAGCCGUGCCAAGGACCGGGAUGACUUCAAGAGGACUCUGGUGGAGACCGCAGCGGAGAGCGUCUACGUGACCUUCGCCGGCGUAGCCCGCCUGGUGCAGACGUAUUCCCAGCGCGUGGGGAGGGUGGCGCAGGAUCAGGAGGAGCGGACACUAGAGCAGCUGAAGACGCUUCAGGGUGAGCGGAUGGACAACUACAAGCUGAAGAAAAAGCAGGAAGUCAGCGAGUCCUCCCUGGGGAGCCAGGCAGCAGGCAGUGCCCCCCAGGGGGUCCCCCAGAGGGUGCUGUGCCGGCAGCGGAGGCUCCGGGCCCAGCUCACCGCCCACCAGCGGCUCCGCCUGGAUGUGCAGAGGCAGAAGGCCCGGACCCUGGAACGGCUGGAGGCCCAGCUGGAGGCGCAGCUGCAGGAAGCCGAGCAGACCUUUGUCACCGAGCUGGCAGCACUGGCCCGAGUGCCCCUUGUGGACAACAAGCCAUUCUCCAGUGAGCGCGGGCAGCCAGAGAAAUCGCUGCAGACCAAGAGGAAGAAGCCCCCACCCCAGGACAGAGGGGACCCGGGGUCGCCCACCGAUGACAACCCCGCCCCCAUGGACCCUGUGUCAGGAUCGCCCAGCAAAUGGCAGAGUCAACAGCAAAGCGACGCAGGCGACGGGGGCAGCGCUGGGAAGGUGUUGAAGAAAAGAAGCAACCUGUAGCUGGGGACCAGGCGCAGGCGACGGUAGACAGGGCUGGGCGUGGCCGCGUGGUGUGAGGAUGGGAGCCUGUGGUGGCGAGAGAGUCCCCAGAAAGAGUGCUGAGGACAGCGCUCCGAGGGCGGGGGCCAUCGGGAGCUGCUGUUGGCACCCUCUCUCCGCGGCCCCAUGGGGUCUCGGCAUCUCUGUCUGUCGCCUCCAUCCCAACUCUGGGCCCCACUACACCCCACACCUUGGCCCAGGCGUCACCUCGGCACCGGGGCUCCCUUCGGGCCUCGAGAACAGGCACGGAGCUCCGGCACCAACCAGCAGCCCCAGGGAGAAGGGACCGAGGUCACCGGCUUCACCCCUCAGCCGCACAUGCGCCACAGCCUGGGGGCACAGCUGGCAGUGUGGACACAGCGACGGGACUCCUUCUUUGGGGUGUGAAGGCGCUGGUGCAAGAUGGGGUCCCUCACGCCAGACCCCAAAGGAGUGCAGCCUCAGGUCGUGAGGGGUGUGGGGCACAGACACCCGCAGAG